CGGGCGGGCGGGCGGCGGGGAGGGGCGGAGCGCAGGAGGCGGAGGCGGGAGCAGAGCUGCUCGGCUGUGCGCGGAGACGCGCGGAGCCGACGGGCCGAGCUUGACGGGGGCCCCUCGCCGCUCCUCCUCUCCCCUCCCCGCCGCUGUCCUGCUCGAUCUCCGGUUCUCCCCUGGACGCGCGGCUGCCGCGCCGCCAGCAGCGCCCGUUCGCCCGAGGCGCGUGGGGCGCCCCCCGCAGCCCCGCGAAUGCUGCUGCUAGGGGUGGUGGGAGCAGCCGUGGGACGCGUGGCCGGGAGCGGGGGUGACAGCCUGGGAUUCCGGGGUCUUCUCUUCCUUGUCCUCCUCCUCUCCUCUCUAUUCCCAGUGUGGCCGUGGCUGACACUAAAGACUUUGUAGCCAUCAACCCGAGUGCAGUUUCGAUGGAAAAUGAAGGAGUGCCGCUAUUCCAAGUGUGUACCAGCAUGUGGCUCUAGAGAUUGAACCCGAGGCUUCCUACCAAUGAAGCUAUAUCCCCAGCCAAUAAAGCAGGUUGCACGUUUUCAAAAAAUACCUAAUGGUGAAAAUGAGACAAUGAUUCCUGUAUUGACAUCAAAGAAAGCAAGUGAAUUACCAGUCAGUGAGGUUGCAGGCAUUCUCCAAGCUGAUCUUCAGAAUGGCUUAAACAAAUCUGAAGUUAGUCAUAGGCGAGCCUUCCAUGGCUGGAAUGAGUUUGAUAUUAGUGAAGAUGAGCCGCUAUGGAAGAAGUAUAUUUCUCAGUUUAAAAAUCCCCUUAUUAUGCUGCUUCUGGCUUCUGCAGUCAUCAGUAUUUUAAUGCAUCAGUUUGAUGAUGCUGUCAGUAUCACUGUGGCAAUACUUAUUGUCGUCACUGUGGCCUUUGUUCAGGAAUAUCGUUCAGAAAAAUCUCUAGAAGAAUUGAGUAAACUUGUCCCACCAGAAUGCCAUUGUGUGCGUGAAGGAAAAUUGGAGCAUACGCUUGCCCGAGACUUGGUACCAGGUGACACAGUUUGCCUUUCUGUGGGAGACAGAGUUCCUGCGGACUUACGCUUAUUCGAGGCUGUGGAUCUUUCCAUUGAUGAGUCCAGCUUGACAGGCGAGACAACUCCUUGUUCUAAGGUGACAGCUCCUCAAGCAGCCGCUGCUAAUGGAGAUCUUGCAUCCAGAAGUAACAUUGCCUUCAUGGGAACGCUGGUCAGAUGUGGCAAAGCAAAGGGUAUUGUCAUUGGAACAGGAGAGAAUUCUGAAUUUGGAGAGGUUUUUAAGAUGAUGCAAGCAGAAGAAGCACCAAAAACUCCUCUGCAGAAGAGCAUGGACCUCUUAGGCAAGCAGCUGUCCUUUUACUCCUUUGGUAUAAUAGGUAUCAUCAUGUUGGUUGGCUGGUUACUAGGAAAAGACAUUCUGGAAAUGUUUACUAUUAGUGUAAGUUUGGCUGUAGCAGCAAUUCCUGAAGGCUUGCCUAUUGUGGUCACAGUGACACUAGCCCUGGGGGUUAUGAGAAUGGUGAAGAAAAGAGCUAUUGUGAAGAAACUGCCUAUUGUGGAAACACUAGGCUGCUGCAAUGUGAUUUGUUCAGAUAAAACUGGAACAUUGACAAAGAAUGAAAUGACCGUUACUCACAUAUUUACUUCAGAUGGUCUGCAUGCUGAGGUUACUGGAGUUGGCUAUAAUCAGUUUGGUGAAGUAAUUGUUGAUGGUGAUGUUGUUCAUGGAUUCUAUAACCCAGCUGUUAGCAGAAUUGUUGAGGCGGGCUGUGUGUGCAAUGAUGCUGUAAUUAGGAACAACACUCUGAUGGGAAAGCCAACUGAAGGAGCCUUAAUUGCUCUUGCGAUGAAGAUGGGCCUUGAUGGACUGCAACAAGACUAUAUCAGAAAAACUGAAUACCCUUUUAGUUCUGAGCAGAAGUGGAUGGCUGUUAAGUGUGUACACCGAACACAGCAGGACAGACCAGAGAUUUGUUUUAUGAAGGGUGCUUAUGAACAGGUGAUUAAGUAUUGCACUACAUACAACAGCAAAGGACAGACUUCGGCACUUACUCAGCAGCAGAGAGAUCUGUACCAACAGGAGAAGGCCCGGAUGGGCUCAGCAGGACUCCGAGUUCUUGCCUUGGCUUCUGGUCCGGAAUUGGGACAGCUGACCUUCCUUGGCCUGGUAGGAAUCAUUGAUCCUCCUAGAACUGGUGUGAAAGAAGCUGUCACAACACUUAUUGCCUCAGGAGUCUCCAUCAAAAUGAUCACUGGAGAUUCACAGGAGACCGCAAUUGCAAUUGCUAGUCGUCUGGGAUUGUAUUCUAAAACUUCCCAGUCAGUUUCUGGAGAAGAAGUCGAUACUAUGGAAGUCCAGCAGCUUUCACAAAUAGUACCAAAGGUUGCAGUAUUUUACAGAGCAAGUCCAAGACACAAGAUGAAAAUUAUUAAGUCUCUACAGAAGAAUGGGUCAGUUGUAGCCAUGACAGGAGAUGGAGUAAAUGAUGCAGUUGCUCUGAAGGCUGCAGACAUUGGAGUUGCAAUGGGCCAGACCGGCACAGAUGUUUGCAAAGAGGCUGCAGACAUGAUCUUGGUGGAUGAUGAUUUCCAAACCAUAAUGUCUGCAAUUGAAGAGGGUAAAGGCAUUUAUAAUAACAUUAAAAAUUUUGUUAGAUUUCAACUGAGCACGAGUAUAGCAGCAUUAACUUUAAUCUCAUUGGCUACGUUAAUGAACUUUCCUAACCCUCUCAAUGCAAUGCAGAUUUUGUGGAUCAAUAUUAUUAUGGAUGGACCCCCAGCUCAGAGCCUUGGAGUAGAGCCAGUGGAUAAAGAUGUCAUUCGCAAACCUCCUCGAAACUGGAAGGACAGCAUUUUGACAAAAAAUUUGAUACUUAAAAUACUUGUUUCAUCAAUAAUCAUUGUUUGUGGGACUUUAUUUGUCUUCUGGCGAGAGCUUCGAGACAACGUGAUAACACCACGAGAUACAACAAUGACUUUCACUUGCUUUGUGUUUUUUGACAUGUUCAAUGCACUAAGUUCCAGAUCUCAGACCAAGUCUGUGUUUGAGAUUGGACUCUGCAGCAAUAAGAUGUUUUGCUAUGCAGUUCUUGGAUCCAUCAUGGGACAGUUGCUUGUUAUUUACUUCCCUCCACUUCAGAAGGUUUUUCAGACCGAGAGCCUAAGUAUACUGGAUCUGUUGUUUCUUUUGGGCCUUACCUCAUCAGUGUGCAUUGUGUCUGAAAUUAUAAAGAAGGUUGAAAGAAGCAGAGAAAAGAUCCAGAAGAAUGCUAGUUCAACAUCAUCGUCUUUUCUUGAAGUAUGAUGCAUAUUGCAUUUUUUUUUUAAUUUGCAAACUAGGAAUUGCAGUCUGAGAAUCAUUUAGAAGGGCAAGUUCAAGAGGAUAAUGAAGAUUUAAGGACUUUUUAACUUUCCAUUGACUAAAAAUGAACAUUAAUGUUGAAGACUUGAUUUGAACCUUUAACCUGUUGGUAGUCCCAAAUGAAAUUAUGCAGCUUUGAUAACAUAUUCCUUGAUUUCAAUUGGCUUUUGCAAUUGAGUGGAACUUUAUACACAUAUGGGCAAGUACUGAAUUAAAAAAUACAAAAGGCAAAACCUGAACCACCUUCUGCACUUAAAGAGUUCUAAUGUACAAAUACACUGUCUGUCUUAGAUGGAUAUAAAUAUUUUUUUUAUUUUUAAAUAUUGUACUAUUUAUGGUGGUGGGGCUUUCUUACUAAUACACAAAUAAAUUUAAUCAUUUCAGAGGCAUUCUGUUUGGUUUAGAAAUUGCCAGGAGUGCCAUAUUUCAGCUCCCGUGUUUCCUUUUUCCUGAAAUGUAACCUUGUGCUGCCAUUUUUGUAUUUCAAGGUUUUUUUGCACAGGAUGCGGCCACUGUCUGAUCACUUUCUUUUCUUUGUUUUUGUGACUGAAAAGCAGAUACUGCAAUCGAAGUAAAUGUUCUUCUUUGUAAGUGUAAAUGGUUGUUUUUUGUAGUUGUUUUGUUUUUCAUAGAGGUGUGAGUCUUUGAUCUAGCAGAAUUAGUUCAGGGCUGUCACUGGUAUUACAGUUAGUGUAAUUGUAGUUAACGCACAGUCAUAGGGUGAAAAACAAGGCUGGGUUGGAAUUUAUAACAGAUUAUAUUAACAUGUCUUUGUCUCCUUUUUGAUUUAAUACAAAUAUACUUUGUCAAUAUCAUUUUGUCAUUCCUUGCUUAUAAAUCAUACACUUCAGCUGAAUAAUUGACCUUUAUUACUAUUUCAUAUGUAUAUUUUUAAGCCUGUUUCUUAGAGAGUAUAGACUAUUAUACUUACAGAAUAAAAAGUCCCAAAUUCAGAUAGCAUAUGAACCAGGGUGGACUUGGGAGAUCCUGUGCUGGCCUUGCUCCUCUGAAUCUUCUAGGCAGCUGCUUUGGCCUAGAUUGCAGCACAACCCUGAGUCUAUUCCUUCUCCAUUUGUUUGUGCUCUGUCUUCUAUUUCAUUGGGCAUGCUUGGGAAAUUGAUGGAUUUGCUUUGUGUGAUACCAUCAGUUUUUAUAAAAGCUUGACAAAAUAAAGGUAAGUGUUAAGUUUUGUAUUUCAUAAACUGUCAGAAUAAACUGUUCCUAAGCUUGUUAAUUUUAAUAUUAAUGGUGAAUGUUAACACUGAUGUGCUGUCAUUGAUAGGAGAAUUCUGUUGUUUGAGUCUUUACUACUGAGCAUGAGCAUAAGGAGCCAGAAUGUCUGCACUUUGUUCUUAUUCUUUCGGGCUGAACUGUCAAGUGUACAUUGUUCUGUCUGAUUAGAUGGAACGUGAAAUCAUUGUCUCAUCAACUCUUAGAGGUUUGUUGUCUUAUAGCUAAAUUUUAUAAUGGUUUUUACAUUCUGUUACAGACUUGAAAAAUACGUAUUAAGUGCAUAUUCAGUCUUCUUUGUUUUACAUUUUAGGUUGAGAAUAUAACUCAUGAAAUGAAUGUGCCUAUCUCACUUGGUUUUUGAACUAUAAAAAUAAAAUGAUUUUUUUCAUAAGUUCA